UAAACAGUGCAGUGAGUGAUCUCAGGGGAGAGCGGCCGGUGUGCGGACACUGUAUCCCGGGGGACAUCCACGGAGAAGGACUGGCUGUACCCAGGUCAGGAAAUGCAAAAAGAGACUGAAAUGAACCAACAUCGCCCUGGAUUUCAGUGCUGCCUACCAAUCAGGGAUGUGUCUUGUGAAAAUGAGUUGGAGGAACUUAUGCACCAGAUUGACAUUAUGGUGAAUAGCAAGAAGGUGGAAUGGGAGCAGCAAGUCAUUGUCCUAGAGCAAAGAAUCCAGGCCCAGGAUAAGGAGCUAUCUGAAGCGAGAAACGCGUUGGAUGAAAAGACAUGUGAGAUUAAAAUGCUCUGCAAGAAGCUGGAACAAGCAGAUCACGCUGAACGUGAAAAGGUGCAGAAAUAUGAGAAGCAACUACAAGCAUUGAAAUACCAGCUCUGUAAAUUGAAAAAAAGCUAUGAAAAGCUCAGUUUCUGCAACUCAAAGAAUCCGCGGGAUAAAAAUGCCGAGCCAUGUCCAGGGGCCAAGGCGAGUCAAACUGAGAUCCAGUGGUUAAUGCAGAAGCUUGAGGAAUUUAAAGUCAGAUCAAAAGAGUGGGAAAACCAGAGAGUGUUAUAUCAGAACCAUUUGAAGUCUUUGAGCGAACAGAGGAAAACUCUGACAGAAAAAUGUGAACUAUAUCAGAAGCAGUCGCAAAGCUAUCAGGAACAGCUUUCGAGUAGGACACAGCUGCAAGAUGAGGCAAUUACCAAUAACCAGGCUGAAAUCAGAAGAUUGAGGUGCCAGCUUGAUGUUUCUCAGGAGACAAUAAGAAGUGACAGGGUCAUCAUUGAAAAUCUCAAGUCUACUGUAAAGGAAAUCACAUUAGGUAGAAACUCGCUGAAAGAUGAAAAUCAAAAGCUCUUACAGGAACUAAAGCAAUGUCAGAAGCGAUGCCAGAGUGUGGAGAUUGAACUUUCAGAGGUUAAAAUCGAACUCCAGACACGUGAUGACCUCUUGAGAGCUGUUGAACUGGAUCAAAAGCAGAUGUUGAAAGCUAUUCCAAAUGCCAAACUGUAUACGAACCCACAAGGAAAAGAGUUAAGCACCCAGGAGCAGAGUGAGCCAAGGAUGUACCAGGCGCAGAAUGAGGAGCUGGCAUGGAAAAUGUUCAAUUUAAGCACAUCUAAGCAAGACCAGAUUGAAAAUGAUCUUCAAAAGGAAGAGGCAAAAAACAAUGACCUGGAAAGAUUGAGAACGGAUAUCACUGACCUGACUGCAAAGCUUAAUCAGAAAGACAUCACCAUGGCAACCAGGAGCGAGAACCGUUCUCGCCUCGAGCAAGAUUUGGACCUCAAGGAGCAUAACAAAGUCAACGAACAGGCUUUGAAGGCAGUGAAAGAAAUACAAGAUGGUGCCGAGCCUUACAUUGGAAACCUGCAACCCAAGCGUGAAAGAACACGCGACUAUCAUAUCAAACUGCAUGUUAAGAGAGAGGUGAUGGAGCAGCUGCCAGUAAAUAUGAAAGUUACCCCGAAGCUCAUAAUAAAAGCUGAGACCCAAAUCAAUGGGGAUCAAGACAGAUCAUUCAUGGAAAAAAAUAAUUACAAAGCGCCGAAUCAGACCACAAGUUAUAGUAAUAAUAACCAACCGUCACAGAGUGAAUGGGACAUUGAUCUAUGUGACAGUGACUGGGAAUCCACUUCUGGGAGCUUCAUGAUUAAUCUGGACGCCUUACAGGCCAAUGGAAAUUUGCAAAAUGGUGGCCAUCCUGAAGAUCUGGAUUACCCUGACUUUUGUCAUUUAUUUGUUUGUGGUCAACAAAGAGACCUCACCAUGUGUUCUUCCACAGGCACAUCGUUUAUAUCGGCAGCAGAAAAAUUUCUGAAUGAAGAAAAUAGACGGGCAGAGGACUUUGAGAAAGUCUUGAACUCCCAUAUUGAAGAAAUGCAGAGAUAUUCAGAAAACACGUUGGCCAAAUAUACAAUUCUCCAUCAAAACAGACAUAUAUGAAACCUAAACGAAAAGGAGGAACAACUGCCGUAGAUGCUUUGAGGAUCGAACAGGAACCCUUUCAUAUUACGAUCACUAGAACAAUUGAAACCAUUAAAAUAACAUGCAAACAGAAUUAAAAUGUAAAUUAUUUACCUGUACACAUAUAUUGUAAAACAAAUUCUAAUGUUUGUUUUAAGAACAAUGAAUUAUUCACAGUAAAUGACAAUCUUUAAACUAAGAUUAUUUUAACUCAUUGCUGUAAUAUUUGUUUUUACACACCCAGAAUUGGCUGUUUCUGCUGAUGACAUAAUAUAUUUUCUUGCACUAAUAUCAUGCCUUAAAUGUUGAUGCAAUCUUUCAAUAAAAACAAAAAAUAAUUUA